AUGAGGGACAUAUUGCUUUUUCCAAGUACUUUCGGCUUGUUAUUUCGGCCCCCAGAUUCUGCUCCUUACUCCCCGCUCUGCCUCUUUCCCUCUCCUCCAUUCCAUCACAACAUUCAGCCCCUCUACUUGGGUACCACAAGCCCGUCCGAGGCUGUAGGCCUCUCCACGAUAUACUAUACCUACGCAAUGGUUGUUACUCGUACUAGUACCAGCGUGGAUUCAAAUGGAGACAACACAGUGGUUUUGAUCACCAGUACCGCGUCCGCGAACCCCACUCCUACCGCCUCUACUACUCCAAAUUCGGACCCUUCGACCACAUCCGACGGAACUUCAGGCAACGAAGGACUUCCUACGAGUGCCUCAUCUGACUCAGAUUCAGCCAACGCAGGAGGGCUUUCCACGGGCGCCUCAGCGGGCGUUGGGAUUGGGGUUGCAUUGGGCGUGCUUUUGUUUGCAGCUCUUGGGUUCUUCCUCUAUCGACGCAGGCUGAAGCACCGAAAGUUCGCACGGAGCAGUGAUAAUAUGCCAACCAUGGUGGAGCUUGGGACCGAUGGCCAAAAGCACGAGUUGUCGGCGGAUGAGACAAGGCGAGCAGAACUUGCUGCCAACGAAGCAAAGCGAACUACCAACCCACACGAGUUGGAGUGGUUUGCCGUGACUAUGGGAACGGGCAUUGUCUCGGUGUUGAUGACAUCGGUGCCUUUCCAUACCCCGGUUCUUUACUACUUGUCCAUAGUGUUUUUCGUGCUCAACUUGAUAUUAUUCACUCUAGCCAUGGUGACAUCUAUUCUUCGGUACAGCCUGUAUCCGGAAAUAUGGACUGUGAUGAUUCAAGACCCUGUCAACUCUUUGUUUCUUGCCACCAUUCCAAUGGGAUUCGCGACACUCAUCGAGAUGUGGGUUUUUAUUUGUGUCCCGCUGUGGGGUGAAUGGGCCAAAACUGUCGCAUGGGCUCUGUGGAUGGUCGAUGUCAUCGCCGCGGCUUCUGUAACCCUGUCUUUAUCUUUCAUCCUGAUUUCACAGAAUCACAUCACCUCCUUGGACCGAAUCACUGCUCUUCAAUUACUGCCAAUUGCAGCCACGAUCGUGGCUGCCGGUGCUGGCGCAGAAGUCGCUGGCAUCCUUCCAAACCAGCAACAUGCAUUAGGAACACUUCUGGUGUCCUUUGUCCUUUGGGGUAUGGGAACUCCAUUGGCAAUCAUGGUGUUGGUAAUUUAUUAUCAACGGCUAGCAGUACACAAGCUUCCACCCCGUGAAAUGAUUGUGAGCUGUUUUCUACCAUUAGGACCCCUUGGGUUCGGUGGCUUUGGCAUCAUUUACAUUGGGAAAGUGGCCCGUGAUCUUUUGCAGCACGGAAAUAUUGUCGAUCCCCUAGCAGGCAGAAUGGCAUUUGUGCUGGGUUUGUUUAUAUCCCUUCUCAUGUGGAGCUUUGGUCUUAUCUGGCUUGUAUUUGCGCUUGCCACGAUCUUACUCAAGUUUCCCUUCCCAUUCAAUAUGGGUUGGUGGGGAUUUACGUUCCCUCUUGGUGUCUAUGCCGCAAACACCAUGCAGUUGGGUACUCAGAUGGAUCUAAUGUUCUUCAAAGUGUUUGGCACAAUUCUCAGUGGUGCGGUUUUACUACUUUGGAUCUUAGUAACAUCGAGGACCGCACUUGGUGCAUGGCGUGGUACGCUGUUUCACGCACCGUGUUUACAAAAUCUCGUCUUCAAAGAGCAGAGAGCUUGUGCAUGA